CUCACAGCCUCCUGCUUGUUCAUCCGCUGCUCUUUCCUGUCUCUUUUUCACACACACACAUCCCCUCUCUCUCUCUCUCUCUCUCUCUGUCUCCCUCUCUCUCUGUCGCUCUCUUUCUCCCAUGAUCCUCUCUUUUCUUUUCUCUCAGAUAAAACUCAGAGCUGUGAUGUUGUUGAUGCAGCAGCCGCGGUGGGUUCCUCUCCUCUUCCUCCUCACUCCUCGGUUCCUCUCCUCUUCCUCCUCCUCCUCCUCAGAUCCCUCCUGGAGGAUCUAAGUGGUCUCUUCUGAAGGAUGCUCACUUCUUCUCCACACGGUCAGGAAUAUCUCCACCUCCUGCUGGUGUCCUGUUUUUCUUCUGCGAUCCCAGCCCUGUUCCCCUGAGGGGAACUGGAAGAGAUGACCCAUCUGGUUCUGGUUCUGUUGGACUCCAGCCCCUGAUCCAGACUUGGACUUCUCUGAAGCUGCUCCUGUGGACCCGUGUGACUCAGAGACAGAUGUGGGCGUGGCCACAGGAAUGCUGAGUCGUGAGUGCGGAGCUCACAGGCCUCACUCUGUCACCAGCGGCGACACAAGGCGACAUGACCCAGGAACAGUGCUCUCACAGAAACCAUGUGCAGAGUCCAGACAAAGCUCAGGUGUAUAAAGUUGGAAUCUACGGCUGGAGGAAACGCUGUCUGUACUUCUUCGUCCUGUUACUGAUGAUCCUCAUCCUCAUCAACCUGGCACUGACCAUCUGGAUCCUGAAGGUCAUGAACUUCACCAUCGAUGGAAUGGGAACCCUGAGAAUCACAGAGAAAGGCCUGAAACUGGAGGGAGAUUCUGAGUUUCUGCAGCCGCUGUAUGCUAAAGAGAUCCAGUCUAAACCAGGUCGUCCUCUGUUCCUGCAGUCUUCCAGAAACGUGUCAGUCAACAUCUUAGGCAGCAACAACCAGCUGCUCACACAGCUCGUCACAGGAUCCAGUGGAUUUAAAGCUCAGGGGAAGAUGUUUGAGGUCAAAUCGUCCUCGGGGAAGCUGCUGUUCUCUGCUGACGAGCAGGAAGUGGUCGUCGGUGCCGAGAAGCUGCGAGUGGUGGGAGCUGAAGGAGCUGUUUUCAGUAAAUCACUGGAGACGCCGCACGUCAGAGCCGAACCUUUUAAAGAGCUGCGGCUGGAGUCUCCGACUCGCUCUCUGCUCAUGGACGCUCCUAAAGGCGUUCAGAUUCUGGCCGAGGCUGGAGACAUUCAGGCGAUCUGCAGGAACGAGCUGAGACUGGAGUCUAAAGACGGAGAGAUUUCUCUGGACGCUCGCAGGAUUCGUCUCAUGCGUUUGCCGGAGGGAAAAGCGUCCACCAGCUCCUUGUCCUCUGGAACCAGACAAACUGUCUAUGAAGUGUGUGUUUGUCCAAACGGGAGACUCUUCCUGUCGCAGGCCGGAACCGGAUCCACCUGCCAGAUCAGCAACAGCGUCUGCCUCUAGAACUGGACCUGGACCUGGACCUGGACCUGGACCUGGACCGAUCAAUAAAUCCAUGAAAACAGAGACGAUCAGCAACAACGUCGGAACCUCGAGAACUGAAACUGAAAAAAGAUCAAUAACAAAAAACAGAGACGAAGAAGAAACGGCGAGGAGAUGAUCACCUGACACACACACACAUGCACACUUUGUGCUAAUAUUUAAAUUUCAAAGCUAAAAAUAUUUUAUUCACUAUAAUUUUCUACUGAGGAAAAAAGAGACUUUGAGAAAAGCAUCAUGGGACAUUGACACACACACACACACACACAGACUGACAUGCACACACACACACCACUGGGGUGAUCGACUGAUCAAGCCCCGCCCACACACUCUUAUUAUUAUUACUAUUAUCAUUAUUAUUAUCAUUAUUAUUAUUAAUAAUAAUGAUAAUAAUAGCGUUGAUGCUAACGGGGAUGAUGUCAUGUUCACGUCCCAUUUCGUCAGAAGUGUGUGUUUAUCACAGUUUUUUCUCUCUGCGAUGAACUGAUGAUGUUGAUUGUAAAGAGACGUUAAAAAAAGCUAAGCUAAACACUUGCUCUGAGCUGCUACUAAGCUAACUAGGCUAAGCGAACUACACUUUUGGAAUGAAUGCUAAGCUAACUUUAUUCUUUUGUAACUAAUGCUUAGCUAGCAAUCCCGGAAGUAGUGCUAAGCUAAGUGUGCUGAGCUAACUACAGUCAUGGUAAUUCAUGCAUCUGUGACGCAAGAACACGUUCAGAUGUUUGCAGGUCAUCCAACAUCCUGGUUCUUUCUUUGCCCCGCCCUCUUGUUACUUAACGCAAAUUUAUUUCCCGCCUUCUGAUAUCCCACAGUGCUUUGGGAACAACGAACAUGAACAACAUGAACGUCGUGAACAUGAACAACACGAGCGACGUGAGCAUGAAAGUGAGCGUGAGCAACAGUGACGUGAACGUGAGCGACGUGAGCGAUGCGAACGACCUGAACGACGUGAGCGACACGAACGACGUGAGCGACAUGAGCGACAUGAGCGACGUGAGCGGCAUGAGCGGCGUGAACGACGUGAGUGAUGUGAACAUGAACGACGUGAGUGAUGUGAACAUGAACAAUGUGAGCCGCAUGAGCGACAUGAGCAAUGUGAACAUGAGCGACGUGAACAUGAACAACAUGAGCGACGUGAACGACGUGAACAUGAACAACAUGAGCGACGUGAACGUGAGUGACAGCAAUGUGAAUGACGAAAUGAUGAUGAAAGUGAGCGUGAGCAACAGUGACGUGAACAUGAGCAACGUGAGCGGCGUGAACGACAUGAUCGAUGUGAACAUUAACGACGUGAACAUGACUCACCAGCCUCUGCUCUUUUUCCAACAACUUCUUUUACAAUAAUAUUUUUCUGUUAAAGCUGAACCCUCCUGUCGCCGCCCUGGUGGAGAAAAUCAGGCCUAACAUCAUAAAUGUUUGCUUCGGUCUUUACCUUCACAAAACUCAAACUAAAGUGAAGACGCUCUGAUAAAAGAGCGGACUGUGCCUUAUAACCACCGCCACCACCGCGGACACCGCCACCAGAAGAAGAAGAAGCACAUCACUCACACAUGAGCUCUCUCUCAUCGUCUUCACCAACGAAUGCAAAGACCUUCAGCUCCAUCAGAGCGCCACCUGCUGUCAGAACCUGACUGCCACUGAUUCGUCACAUGACCAAAAACCUUGUUUAUUGACGUACAUAUUUGUUUAACUGGUUAAAAAAACAGAAACUUUCUAAAUGUUAAAAAUGUAUUCUCUCACAAGCUUAUCAGAAGUUGUUCCUCAUCAUGUUUUCCAGCUCCUCCCACGAUGAUUGCGAUGUUUUAACGUUAAUAAAGAUUUUCUGUUUUCUAA